AUGGACCCUUUCGUCCCAAAGAUGCCCAAGCGCAAGGUCAUCCACAGGAAGGUCAUGGACACCAUCGCCAACAGGGUCAAGACAUGGGACGAGCAUGCCACCAUAGUCAGCGGCCGCUUCCGGACUGGCAAGACCGUUGCGGUGGAGGAAGUCCUUCGUGGUGCGCGGGGAAUCUUCAAGCAUACGGUGAAGGAUGAGCACUGGGAAGAGCGGCUAUACAAGAGCCUUCAGGUUGAUGGACCUGGCAUGUUUGAGGCUGUCCUUGUCCGUGUGAAAGCAGAGUUGGCGAAGUUGGCUGACCCCAUCACCAAGACACCAAUCAUACUGUUUGAAGUCCCACGCGCCACAACCAAAGGUAUGGACACCAUUUCUUCGACAACGAAGGAUUUAUCCACGGAAGGGGGCAAAGUCAUCAUUUCUGCCUCAUCCGCUGCGGCUGCACUGGCGUUCGACGCCGGUGGUGCAAAUCGUCAGAAAGACAUUUGGAUAGAUGAACUGACGGCAGAGGAGGCGAAGAAGGUGCUCACCCUGCACGGUCACGAAGAGAAUGCUCAAGACAUCAUCGAUGCCUGUGGCUCUCGCGUUGGCGAUUUGACAGAAUCGUGCAAGGACAUGGUCGCUGGCAAGACGCUGCAGGAGUUGAAGCAGGAGACAGAAGCCACUGCGGAGAUGGAGGUGCGGGAUUUCCUCGACUUGGAGGUCGAGGUUGCUGGUGGCCGCAUAAUUCCCAUCGGCCGAGCUGGCAAACAGCAAGCAACGUGCAGGUGA